GUUUCUGUCAAAACCGAAAGUAGUGUAGUAAAGUGAAAGAAGUUCCCGCGCCGUGCAGCUUGUCAUCUGAAGUCACCCAUAGCUCACCUCAGACCUCUGGACCAACCAUGGCUACUGAAAAAUGUUUCGCAAAAGGAAGCCCUUCACCUGGUCCUGUUCCCAAAGACCGGCUACGUCUCUACAGCAUGAGAUUCUGCCCUUUUGCUCAAAGGACCAGAUUAGUGCUGGAAGCCAAAGGGAUCAAACAUGACACCAUCAACAUCCACUUGAAAGAGAAACCUGACUGGUUUCUUGAAAAGAACCCUCUUGGUCUUGUGCCUACACUGGAGACACCUGCUGGUGAGGUUAUAUACGAGUCUCCCAUCACCUGUGAGUACCUGGAUGAAGCGUAUCCUGAGAAGAAGUUACUUCCGUCCUCUCCUUUUGGAAAAGCCCAACAAAGAAUGAUGCUGGAGCAUUUUUCAAAGGUAAUACCUUACUUCUACAAGAUCCCAACAGCAAGAAGGAAUGGAGAGGAUGUCUCCGGACAGGAAGCUGAGCUCAAAGAGAAGUUUGCUAAAUUGAAUGAGCACUUGGAGAAGAAAAAGACGAAGUUCUUUGAAGGGGACACCAUCACAAUGAUAGACUACAUGAUGUGGCCAUUCUUUGAGAGGAUUGAGGUCUUGGAGCUGAAGCACUGCCUGGACCACACACCUGAGCUGAAAAAGUGGACUGAGCACAUGCUGGAGGACCCAGCUGUUAAAAACACCAUGUUCAGCAUGGGUACCUACAAAGCCUUCUACAAGAGCGUUGCUGAAGGGAAGCCCGACUACGACUAUGGCCUGUAAAAUAAACAGCUGUUUAUCCGUCCAUUUAAAUCCCAGCAACAAGACAUCUGUCAUCAAACUCUGUCCAUUCAACAUUCCUGAUAUGUUAGAGGUAUUUUUGUUCAAGGAGGAAAUUGUAAUUGUAAAUGAAUUUGUAUCCCUUCUACUGAAUGAGUUUCUGAUCAUCUAAAUCAAAAUUCUGCACUUUUUUUUUUUUUUUAUACAAAUGAUAUAUAUUUUUGUCUCUGGUUAAAAUCUGUUCUGUUUUUUUGUAUGUUUAUCAAAAACAAAGCACAGAUAUCAGACAUCAUAACAAUAGAUGCGCCACAAUAAAAAUGACAGCUCUUUAGGGGAAAAUGUAACAGCCGCCUUUGGAUUAGCAAGAACAACCAAAAGGUUCUUGUUAGCGUGUUAAAGAGCUAAAUAUCUGACAAAGUAUCGGUUACACUGGUUAACUUUAAUGUCUAAAAAGAACAACAACCACUAAACGCAUUUGGGAAAAUGUAACUUUUGUAAAUAUAUGUAAAUGUUAAUCCUUAGCAAAUCAAGAAGCUAAGAGUGACCAGCACUCCUAAGAGCAUUAAAUGUUGCAUUUAAGGCCAAAAUUGGUCAUACCCCUGGCGGAUUUAGAUUUGAAAUAAUUUUCAAAGUGCAUUUGUCAAGAAAUGAGCGGGUAUCUGUCAAACAAUAAAAUAUUGUAAAACGAG